AAAAAAAAAAAAAAAAAUCUGUAUUAUUUCGUUUAUUUGAUGCGUAGCUUGAUAAAUUUAUCUAAAUUGGAAUUUUUUCGGUUAUUAUGUCGAAGGUUGAUAUGGCGGAGAAGGAAAUUUUCGAUUUGGAUGUUAAGUUUGAUAAUGCUGAAGUUGUGGAUCCCGAUUUCGAUCCUCCGGCGAAGAUGGGAAACCCCUAUAUUGAAGUGACCGAAGAAAAAAAGGAAGCUGCGCAAUUAUUAAAAUCGAAAGCGAUGGAUGCAGUUCUUGAAGGUAAGCUUAAUGAAGCUAUAGAUCGUCUAACAGAAGCGAUCGUCUUGAAUCCAAAAUCAGCAAUAUUAUUUGCAAGCAGAGCUACUGUCUUUGUUAAACUGAAAAAACCAAAUGCUGCGAAUCGAGAUGCUGAUGCUGCUUUAAAGAUCGAUCCUCAUUUAGCAAAAGCAUAUAAAGCACUCGGUAUGUCAAGGGCGUUAUUGGGAUUAUGGGAAAUAGCAGCUAGUGAUUUGCAUGAGGCGUCGAAGUUAGAUUUCGACGAGGAGACGAGUACGUUGCUUAAAAAGGUUGAAGCAAAUGCGAAGAAGAUCGAAGAGCAUUGGGAGAAACACGAACAGCUUUGCAAAGAACGAGAGAUCAGAAAAGCUGAGAUCGAACGCCAGAGGCUAGCACAGGAAGCUAAAGUUGCUAGUGAUUUAAAAGACGGGGAAGUAAUUGUUAUCAAAUCCGUCGGCGAAUUGAACGCCAAAUUAAAAGCUGCUACAGAGUUAUCUCGUCUUGCGAUCAUUUACUUCACCGCGAAAUGGUGCGGCCCUUGUCGUUACAUUUCUCCGAAAUACGAAGCAUUAGCUGCGAAAUAUCCGAAAGCGGUGUUCUUGAAAGUCGAUAUCGAGGAGGUAGAAGACUCAACUGAUUUGUUGAAUGUUCGCAGCAUCCCGUGUUUCUACCUCUCGCAAAAUGGAGUAAUAGUUGGCCAAGGUCUUAACAUUAGCUUACAUUCACUCGAGCAGCAAAUCGCCCACCAUGCUCGAUAAAUGAUUAAUUUCUCGAUAUAAAAAACUACAUACAUCGAUCUGCAGACUUAUUUGACUUUUUGCGGUUUUCUACGCAAGAUUUUUGCGUUUUUUUAAGUUUCGAA